AUGCGAACGGCAGUUCUAUUACAACUUAGAAGAUUUGGUAUAGAAGAAGGCUUGGAAUUGAAGAUUCUUAAACGUGGAGCACCUCCGCUCGGUGGUGGUGAAGUCAAUUUCAAGUGUCCAAUAGUGAAAGCUCUUAAACCAAUGCAGUUCACUGAUGAAGGUCGGAUAAAACGUAUCCGUGUAGAUACUGCAAGAUCAGUGCUAAAUAGAUAUAUUCCUGACGUAUAUAUAUAUACCGAUGUAUAUAAGGGUGAGGAGUCUGGGAAAUCACCGGGAUUUGCGCUUUCUUUGGUUGCCGAAUCGACAACAAGUGCUCUUAUAACUGCAGAGCAAGCAGCAAAUCCAGGUGAAACACCUGAAGAUAUCGGCAAACGAACAGCAAGGCUUUUACUUUCUGAAAUACGAAAAGGUGGAUGCAUUGGUUCGUCGAAUCAAUGGUUGGUGCUUCUAUUGAUGGUCUUAUGCCCGGAAGAUGUAUCAAAAAUCAGAUUAGGACAAAUAACGGCUUUCACAAUACAAUAUCUUCGAGAUAUUCGAGAUUUCUUUGGCGUUACAUUCAAAAUAAAACAGGAUAUAGAAUCAAAUACGUUACUAUUAACAUGCGUUGGUAUUGGUUACAUUAAUUAUAAUAAAAAAACCACUUAA